AUGAAUCCUUCCGUCUUUGCUCGUUCGGCUAUUCGUUCCCGUGCUUUGGCCCGUCCAAUUCGCGAAAGUGUAUAUCAUUGGGAAAAUGUUGACGGUUCGCACCUUCCUUUCAGUACCAAGAGUAAAGUAGGUCUUGCUAUCAAAAUGACUUUAUACCUUGGCACAGGCUUCUCUCUUCCAUUUAUUAGCGCUUGGUGGCAAUUUCAUAAGGCCGGUAAACCUUUUUUUAGAACUGGUCCACCUCCUGAAUAA